AUGUCUUCGAGUGCCGAGCCAAUUGACAGCAGUAUGAAGCCGAAAAGACCAUCGGAUAGUGCUUUCAAACAACAGCGACUCCCUGCAUGGCAACCAAUUUUGACAGCUGGUACUGUUCUGCCUACAUUCUUUGUGAUAGGAAUCGCGUUUAUACCAGUUGGAAUAGGAUUAUUAUACUUUUCUGAUGAAGUCAAAGAGAAGGUGAUUGAAUAUACUGAUUGUCACAAAUUUGCCAAUGGGAAAGAAGGACCUGAAAAAUGCGCCGAUAUUAUAGAGAACAAUCCAAAUGAAGAAUGUGAAUGUCGUAUAAAUUUUACAUUAGAACAUGAUUUUGAAGGGAAAGUAUUUAUGUAUUAUGGCCUCACAAAUUUCUAUCAGAAUCAUCGACGAUAUGUUAAAUCUCGUGAUGAUAAGCAACUUCUUGGUGAGCUUAAGCCCAAUGAACCAUCCCAUGACUGCAAUCCCUUUGCCUUCACAGAAGAAACUAAUGAUACUACCAAAAAACCUAUUGCACCUUGUGGUGCUAUUGCAAACUCAUUAUUUAGUGACACUUUAGUGUUACAUUCAUUUCAUAGAGGUGAUACUGUUCCGAUGUUGAAGAAAGGUAUUGCAUGGCCAUCUGAUAAGGAAAUCAAAUUCCGUAAUCCUCCUGGUGAUAAUUUAACUGAGGUCUUCAAAGACUUUGCAAAACCUCUUAGAUGGAAACGACCUGUUUAUGAACUUGAUCCAAGUGAUCCAGAUAAUAAUGGUUUUGAGAAUGAAGAUUUAAUUGUAUGGAUGCGAACUGCAGCUUUGCCAAACUUUCGUAAACUCUAUCGAAUUGUUAAUCACACAGCAGAUGGUUAUGCUAAUGGUUUGCCAAAAGGAGAUUACUGUCUUAAUGUCACUUACACAUAUCAGGUUAAUUCUUUUAGAGGUACAAAGUGCAUGAUCUUGUCUACAACAUCCCUCUUGGGUGGAAAAAAUCCCUUCCUUGGUAUAGCAUACAUUGUUGUUGGAACUAUAUGUCUUCUUUUGGGCAUUGUAUUUUUGUUCAUACACAUUAAGUGUGGCAAGAGCACUACGGAAAUGAUAAAUGUCAAUCCUCGCACUCCUUACCAAUAA